UUGUGGGACAUUGGUGGUCAGCCUCGGUUCAGGAGCAUGUGGGAGCGUUACUGUCGAGGAGUCAGCGCCAUCGUCUACAUGGUGGACGCAGCAGACCCGGAGAAGAUCGAAGCCUCCAAGAACGAACUCCACAACCUGCUGGACAAACCGCAGCUGCAGGGAAUUCCUGUUCUGGUUCUGGGCAAUAAGAGGGACCUACCAGGAGCUCUGGAUGAGAAGGAGCUCAUAGAGAGGAUGAAUCUGUCGGCCAUCCAGGACAGAGAGAUCUGCUGCUACUCCAUCUCCUGCAAGGAGAAAGACAACAUCGACAUCACUCUUCAGUGGUUGAUCCAACACUCCCGGACUAAGAGGAGUUCCUGAGAACAGAAAACAGAACAGGCCACGCCCACCUGUCCUAACACACACUCGCUCUUUGAUCAAAACCCCUCCCCUGAAAACUUUACUCCCUAACCCCCCCCACCUGUCCUCCAUCCAUCUCUCCCUUCCUUAUAUUAACACCUCCUGACCUCCACACACCUCCAUCACACCUCGGGAUGCACUCAUACCUCCGUUUUGUUUUUAUUCAAGUACUGACCAAAGUCUCUGUGACAUCCACCUCCUCCCGACGGACACACUCAACCUCCAUCGUUACGGUUGAAGCAGUGAUUUUAAAAUUAAAACUUUCCUGGAAUAUAGUUCACAUUUUCUGGGAUUUCUCACCUUAAAUGAAAUGCGAUUUUAAACACACAGUUAACCAGAAAUGUACGUUAAUUCAAAUUUUCUGAUCUUUUUCCUGAUAUUCAUUAGUUCUGUGUGUUAAACGAAUAAAGUUUCCUUUCCUAAGUUGAAUGAACAGCAGUGACAACCGUUGCUUCCGUGGUUCAGUUCAGUUCUUUGGAAGCAUCGUGAGGUUUGGAGAAGGCGUCUUUGUUGUAGCACACAGAAAAAGUCUUCGGUACACCAGCACACAAGUGCACACAUGCUAACACAGGUAAUUUUUCCGGGAAACUGGAGCAGAUUUUGUCGAGAAUUCCCAGGAAAAACCGGGAUCUCAAUUCCCGCCACUCAACCCUUGUUAAGUCUGAGGAAUUAAUCUAUACUGUAGUUAACGGAGCAUUUCACUCAAAUUACACAGCAGGAACAUUUCUGAAAGGUAUUUCCUCACAGUGAAGUCAGUGACCUCCACUGUCUCUGGGUGGAGGUAAUAAAACCAAAACCAUCUGCAUUAAUAGAAACUUUAAGAGAGAAAAUCUUCUUAUUUUGUAAUUUUGGGUGAAGUGACUUUUUUAAUUUUCAGUAAAUGAACCCAGCAGUCAGUCAGUGUUUGAUCCUGGCGACAGAAAAGUGAUAUCAGUGCAUCUUUACAGAUCCAUACAGCAGCCUCUGUGAUAACCCGUGCUUUUAAUUUGGUAGGGAGCCUCAGCCAAACAUCUCUCUGCAGCCAAACUGUCGGCCAUAUUCACUUUUAAGGGAGAAAAAAAAAAAAAGUUUUCUUGUCAUUAGCAUUGUUAGCCGGUUAUCUGGAGCCUGUUUUGUGGAUCUCACUCAAGUCUUUCCCAUAAUCCUCCUCUCCCCCUGACCGCCACCUUCUUCACCACCAAAAAUCUGCCUUCAUCAUUUCUCCUCUGUUGAUUUUCCUUCCUCCCUCCAUCUGUUUCUCCCUUUCUACCUCCACAUCUUCCAUCCAUCCAUUCACGCCUCCAUUCUUUCACAUUUAUAUAAUCCUGAGAAGCCCCUCUUCCGCCCUCGUCUGUUGUGAACUGCUUGUCCUCUUCUGUAUUCCCUCUAUCUUUCCUUCUUUUUCUUAUUUUUGGAUGUUCCCUUCUUUCUCUUUCCUUGUCGCCAAGACCCGCCCCGCCCCUCGUCGUCGUCGUCUCUCUCUCUCUCUCUCCUGCUGAGCGAGGGAUUAAAAACCUUUUUAUUGCACUGUUGAUUUUGGUUUUGUAAGAUAUUAAUAAUGAGAAUAAUGUUAAUAAUCUUCUUAUUGUGACAUAACCUGGUCUGGCCAGAUUUAAGGAAGUGGUACUUUACUGGGAGAAGGAGAAAUGUUAUUGUUUCUGUUCAUAUUUCUGUAAUAAGCUUUUUAUUUCUUAUUUGUUUUAUAUUGUUGUUAUUUUUUAUUGUUGUUUUUUGACUUCAUAAGUCUACUCUGGAGCCAGAGUUCAGUGUUUUCUGCUCUGAGAUGUCUGCUGAUCGGACCAGGGGUGAUCAAAUGCAACCUUCACAUCAUGUCGAUGUAAUUAGUCACGUCUGAUUCGUUGAAACUCCCACAUAUUAAAUGUUUAUUGUAAAAUCGAUUGAUUUUAACGUUUUCAUCCAUUUAUUUUGAUGCAUUUAUGACACCAGGUGUGACAACAACACACAUUUUGGAUUCAAAACUUGAUGUACAAAACUUAACAUCCUUCCUCACAAGCUCUGAGAAAUGUCCACAUCCUGGUUUUAAGUGCCACAAGAUGCAACGCAAUUAUGGAAGUCUGUGGCUGCCAAUGUUGAAGAAAAAGUUUUAAUGUGUAACAGAAUUAAAAUCUUUAAAUUAAAUUGUAAUUUUAGUGUUAGAAAAUACACAAUUACUAUCAAAGUGAAAUAUUUUUGUGUACUCUAGACUGAACUUUUAAAUUAGCUAGUUUCUAAUGGAAAUUAAAUGUAAAUGGCUUUCUUCAUGGUCAUUUUCAUAGUCUGCAAUUUCAGAAAAAAAGACCCGGGAGAAUCCAGCUGAAAUUUUAUUUUCAUCAGAAAUUAUCUUGAUAUCAGGACAUAAAAAGUUGCACAGUCUGACACCUUCACUUUUAAUGUUGUUAUUAUUAUGCCUUUGUUAAGUAGACGGAUUAUUAUUAAAUGGCGGUAAUAAUGAAUUUUCAAACAUGAAAAUGACAAUUAGAUGUGCACAUGAAUGCAAAUGACUCCAUUGUAAUGUUGGCAGCCAUAGACUUCCACACAAAACAGUGUUUACCGUUUUUAUUUAUGGUAUAUAUGAUGAUAGGAGUGUGGUUUAAGACCAGGGUUCGGACUGCGCUGACUCUGAAUGAUGCUAAAGGAAAUCUACUUUAUAUUUAUCUGUCAUAUAAUCAGUUGGUGCUCAUACAGCUGGUCGAAGUUUAGCACCAGCUUUUGGUGAAUGUGAAGGAAUAUGUUUUUGGGUUGUUUUUUUUUGGUAUGAAUGGUAGCAGUUUUUCAAGCAUUUCAACUUUUAGCUCGCUAGUUAAGUGAUCCAGUUUAGUUCCUAAAUAAACGGCAUUGACGAUAGCUAAACAGCAAGUACUAAAAGAAUGUUUUGAUAGUUUUGACUGGAAAAUAAUCCCGCUUGUCAGAUCAAUUGUAAUCUAUUAUGUAAUUAGGAAACUUUAAGAGAAACUUCAGUGAAAACUACAUUAGAAGGUUUUCAUCAAAAGUUUCACAAAACUUUAGCAUGUAGCUUCGUACACACAUUAGCAUUAAACUUACAUGCUCACGCUAUUUUCACACUACUUUGUGUGUUUGUCUCAUUUGCAGCAUCUUAGUCAGCUCUGUCCUUCUAUUGGUGCAUUUCACAUUUCUGACACAUCCUGGUCCUGACAGCAGCCAAUCAGAACAAAGAGAAGGAAGGAAUAUUACCUGUCUGUAUGUUGUUCUGUACUAAGGUCGUUUUGUUAAAGAGUGGUCAAACUGUCAGCAGCUUAUGUGGGUGAUGCAUUCUACUCGCGCACACUCGCCUGCUUUACGCUGUCGGGCCAAACAGGGUCUGUCUGGUUUUAGAUUUAAGAUUUAGACAGACUGAGACUUUCUCAAUCUGCAUCUUGUAUUACAACUGUAACUGACCAAAUCUAGCAACAGAUUAACAGCUUGGAUUCAGUUUGGUUGAAUUAUCAAAAUAAUGCCUAAUUUGCAAAUGUAAGGAUCUCUUUGGAGAUGUAGCGCAGUACAGGUGUGUUUAAGUGAGCCACCUGAGCACAGCUGAUCUGGUAAAGUCAGCAAGAAUGCUGUCCCAGUUAUAGACUUGUGUUCUUGUGGGUUAUGACUUCCAAAUUUAACUUGUUCGUUGGAACCUACUACAAUGCUAGGUCCAACUCUGAACAAUGUGAGGUCAAAGUUCCAACAGGAGAUAGAUCUUAGUUCUUAACUAAGAAAGUCCUUUUGUUUUUCUUGAUGUAGUAAUUUCCACAACAGAGCCAAACACCUGUAAUCUUCAAACAGACCAAAUCUUCGGCCCGACAGUGGAAAGCCGCAAAUUUCUUAAUAACUACCCAGAGCUGUGGAUCUGAAGGAGCUGUUGUAAUAAACUGGAUCACUGGAAGGUCGAGUACUCCCCUGAUUAAACACCAGACAACAACAAGCACAACAGUCGAAUGUUUGAAUGAAAUUGUUUAAUUCCAAGAAAAACUGAAUCUCCUUCAGGCUUCCGGUGGCUCAGUUUGUUCCUAAGCUUCUCUGGGAUUCAGGCUCUGGUGUUUUCUGAACCAGCGAAGAGUUGUUGUCUGAUUUGUUCUGGUCCACUCGAAAUUUAUUGAUCUGUUGAUCAGCCAGCACAGUGAUUAUUAGUUAUUGACGCGGUCAGACAGACGAGAUCGCAGAGGGAGUUUCAAAGUCUCAAUUUAUCAUCCAGCAGAGAGUUAACAGGAAAUCACAGGAGUUUGAUUCAGUGGACGAAAGGUUCAUUGUGCUUCGAACAAAGUCGGUUUGAUAACGAAUUCUUCAAACACGUUUAAAGGCCUGAAAAGAGAAAAGUGAUCCACUACGGAAGAGUUAAUGAUCUUAAUGGGAGAUGGAAACACUUUUUCCAGUCUGACGUAGCUAACAUUUAACUCGCAUGACUGAUUUGCUUUUUCCAACUGGAGAAUUGGCGCCACCGACUGCUUAUCUCCUCAACCAACUCUUAAUCGCAUAACAGUAGUGGAUGGAAACAAGCAUUCAGUCAAAUUUUCUUUUGCCAAAUUACUUGAAAAACAUUUGGAUGGAAACACAACUGGUGUUGCACUCUGAAAACGGUAAAACUGAGUUUAACACAAUUGGCCGGUUGCUGCGUAAAGUUGACAUCAUUAAUGGUUUUGAAAGGUUGCACAAAUUGUCGGCAGCAGAUUUCAGGCAUUCGUCUGGGAGCCGACAAGCACUUUGUUUGAAACACCACCCUGCGAUUUUCAAAAUGCAGUUUUAAAAAAAAAAAACCCUGUUAACACUAGAAGUACCUUUGGAGUCAAACAGUUGUUACUUUUCUUAGUUAUUUAAAUACAGAAAAAGAACAAUAAUUGGUAUCACAAGGGGACAGAUUAUACCUGACCAGCUGAAAUGUGUUGUCUCUUGUGUUCUGGUAAACUCUGAGAUCCAGCAGCUGCUAGUUUAGCAGCCUGCCAGGUGUGAAUUAAAGCAGGAAGACGCCUUCAGACGACAGCUGUGGGUAUUUUCUGUCCUUUCUUAUCAGGUCAAACGUGUGAACCUUGAAAUCUCCCCUGCAGCUCUGUUCUGAUCGGCUUUGGUCUCUUCUGUUUGCAUGCUGAGGGCAGGGAUUGUAUAUCUGUGGGACCCGAUAAAGUAAAUGGUUAUUUUGGUGCAACUUUACCAUAAAAUGGCCUUAAUCCAGUGUGUCGACUUGAGUAUUAACCUACAGAAAAGUAAUGCGAGUUACACAACAUGAGAUGUACUAAAACAGUGCAAUAAAACAGAAGAAUCCACAGGAGGAGGAUCACAUCAUGACAGUGUGCUUACAGGACUUUUCUCACAUAUACGCUGGAAUACGGUCAUUGUUAUGUGAAGUGUGACCAGAAUUUGUAUGGCAAAUAAUCUAGUAACGUCCUGUAAUCCUGCAUGUACAAACUGAAACUGGACAGGAGAUUUCUACGGAGUCAGCACCAAAACAUGAGAAAAUCCAGACAGAACCACCGGUGUCAUUGAUCGGUGAACAAAAAACUGUACUGUGAAAGGUUAUCUCGUGAUGUAUUAUUAGAUUAUCUUUUGAAUGAUUGUGUUCAUUUUAAACAAGAACAAGUCGUAAAAAUGAUCCAGCUACAGUUGUCAAACAACCGAAUGACCAAAAUUAAGUUAAAAAACAAAAACAAAUUGAACCUUAAAUCUGGAGAUGAGUUUGAAGUGGAUCUGACGAACUGGUUCUGACUGGACUUCUGUGGUUUUGUUGAUGAUUCUGUAAUGUUGGUGAACAAAGUGUUUGUAUGUGCAGGCCGAACACGCUGAGGCGGUCCGUCAGUCUAAUCUGUUUGUACAUUAUUGUUUGAUUCAGUUAAUAUAUAAUGUGUUUUAAUAGAAACAUGCUUGUGUAUGAUACUAAUAAAAUAUGGACAAACAA